GCGUUGAUAAAAUGAUACUUUUGUUUUCUUCAACUAUUAAAUGAUACUCCCAUUGUUGACGUUUCUCUUCUUAUGUGUUUCUUUUAUAAUUUUUUAUCGUAUAUAAAGAAGUGACGAACAUUUUUUUGUUGCAUAAAAUAAAUAAAUAUGCAAUGGGAGUUUUUAUUUUGUUUUAGUUCUUUAUUUAUUUUUGAAAAUGUUUUGUAAAGCUCACCCAUAUAAUUUCCACUCAUGAUCUUUGUUUCUUUAAGCUUUUCUUCACAUUCCAUAUCUCUCUCUCUCUCUUAUCCUCUCCUUCUCACUCAAUUCCUUGGAACGUCUUUUCUAUUAUUUUCCUCACUUUAUAUAUAUGCAAAAGCCGUCCUCUACUCUCUUAAAUGUCAUAAUGGACGGCGGAGACAACGUUGGAGGAGGAGAUGAUCACAACCGUCACCUUCACCACCACCAUCACCGGCCAACUUUCCCUUUCCAACUCCUCGGAAAGCGAGACCCCGACGACAACAAUCAACAACAACAACAACAACAACAACCUUCCCCCUCCUCUUCCUCAUCUCUCUUCUCCCUCCACCAACACCAACAGCUAUCCCAAACGCAACCGCAACCCCAGCAGCAAAAGCCACAACCGCAGAAAGACUUGCAGGUAACGCAAGAGGAAACAGCGGUGGUCGUAGCUAAAAAGCCGCCGCUAAAACGAGCGUCGACGAAAGAUAGACACACGAAAGUAGACGGAAGAGGGAGGAGGAUAAGGAUGCCGGCGUUGUGCGCAGCUAGGGUGUUCCAGCUCACAAGAGAGCUCGGCCAUAAAUCCGACGGUGAAACCAUCGAGUGGCUUCUUCAACAAGCUGAGCCCUCAGUUAUUGCCGCCACCGGAACAGGAACUAUCCCGGCGAACUUCACUUCUCUCAACAUCUCUCUCCGUUCUUCAGGCUCCUCCAUGUCUCUCCCUUCUCAUUACCGUAACGCAGCUUCCACUUUUAGCCCUAACAACAUCUUCUCUCCAUCGCUACUUCAACAGCAACAACAAAGAAGUGGUGGUGGUGGGUUUCUUCAUCCUCACCAUCAUCUACAAGGACGUGCAACGACCUCGUCUCUCUUUCCUGGUAUCGAUAACUUCACCCCAACGACGUCUUUUUUGAACUUCCAUAAUCCGACAAAGCAAGAAGGAGAUCAAGAUUCGGAAGAGUUAAGUCCAGACAAGAAACGAAGACUCCAAACGACGUCGGAUUUACAUCAUCAACAUGAUCAAAUCGGUGGCUAUACGCUUCAGUCUAGCAACAGUGGUUCUACCGCUACAACCGCGCAAAUACCAGGAAACUUCUGGAUGGUUGCGGCUGCGGCGGCCGCAGGUGGUAAUAAUAACCAAACAGGAGGUGGUUCUGUUGGUAGCGGUGGAGGCAGUGGCGGUGGAGAGCCUGUUUGGACGUUUCCUUCUAUUAACACUGCGGCUGCUGCCUUAUACAGAAGUAGCGUUUCCGGCGUUUCAGGCGGUGCGGUUUCAAGCGGUUUACAUUUUAUGAAUUUUGCAGCGCCAAUGGCAUUUCUUACUGGACAACAGCUUGCAACAAGUAGUAAUCAUGAGAUCAAUGAAGAUAAUAAUAAUAAUGAAGGAGGAAGAAGUGACGGUGGUGAUCAUCAUAAUACACAGAGACAUCAUCAUCAACAACAACAACAACAACAGCAUCAUCAUCAUAAUAUUCUCUCCGGUUUAAAUCAGUACGGACGGCAAGUUUCCGGCGAAUCUCAGGCUAGUGAUUCACUUGGUGGCGGUGAGGAAGAUCCACAAGAUUAAAAACAAACACAAAGAGAACAAAACAACUAAUCGUGGUUGACCCGGCGGCGCCGGUGGUGGCGACGGCGUUCGCCGGCUGUGUAAUACUUUUGAUUUGCCGUUAUUUUUUAUUUUUUACUUUCUGUAUUAAUUUUUUUUUGCUAAGUUAAAAACAAAAAUACGUGAGAACGUGAGAUUUUUUUUAGUUUUGAUUUUUUUUUUUUUACUUUGAUUUGAGUUUUUCUUGUGAGUGAGUGGGUGAUUAAAUAGUACACGGGAUUUAUCUGUCAGGUUUUUUGGAUUUUGAGGAGAAUAUGACACUUUUUAUCAUUA